AUGCUGACCCAGGAGAUAUCUGAAUACCGCGGCUCAGUCACGAGGCGAGUGACGUUCUCGUUCGACUCCUGCGGUUGGCUUUUCGUGUCCAGGAUGCACCUCACAACUCCUCUGACCACGGAGCGAAAGCAGCCGAAUGAGACAGAGGGCAAAGUUUAUCACUUUGGUGUGGGCUUCUGGCUGAGUGACCAUCUGGGCCUUCUCCGAAAACCGGACGAGUCCCACUCCAUGCCGGAUGAGGUAGCCUUCAGCGGCUCUUCGGGUGGAUCGCUGAUUGCGUGCGUCCUGGCCUGUGGCAAUAAUGUGCGCGACGUUUUCGACUUCAUUGUCGAGCAGCAACCGCUUUGCAAACGCAAUCCUGUGGAGAUGUUUCGCGCCGUCGAGCGGGCACUUCGCAAGUUCCAGUUUGAGGGGGCGUACUUGCGCCUCAUCGGCCGUAUGCGCGUUCUGCUGACAAGAGUGAUGCAGCGCCCGCCAUUUGUGCAAGGAGAGGUCAUUGACAAGUUUCCAGACAAUGAGACAGUGAUUCAGACUCUCUGCGCAUCUUGUCAUGUGCCAGUCUUCGCCGGCCUAUUUCCCAGGUGCAUCUUCGGCCGCUACUACUACGACGGCUUGGUCUGGCCAGACCGACUCCUGGUCCCAUGGCGCGGAGCACCGGGAGAUCACGUCGUGCGUGUGUCUGCCUGCGCGCAUCCAUUGGCUGAUGUGAAGAUUGACCGUGUGCCUUACUGGUGGGCUGUGCUGCCUCCCGAGCCUCGGGUGCUGCGAGGCAUCUUCUGGUGCGGGUACAGGGACACCGCGAAGUGGUUUUCCACGAAGCCAGAGGACUCGUCUGAAUCCUGCUGCAGGAAGAACCCUCAGGCCACCACGGCCGCAACAGCAAGGUGGCGCGCAGCGCAGGCCCUCCUCAAAAAGGACCCUCGGGCCGAGCUUCCCGAGAAAGAUCCAGUGACAGGAGAGAGCGUCUCGGAGCUGAUACGGGAAGCGGAAGCUUUGGCGGCCGAGGAGUACCACUUAACGGUAAGCUUGCGUUGCGGAUUCCAAAUUGGUUCUACGACGAAGAAGCGAGAUACGGUUGGCAUGGGGCAGGGGCGCUUCGUCGUGCGAAGUGCCUUCAUUGGCGAGCGCGAGGAAUUUUGCCGUAAUGUCGGAGUCAAGAACCUGCAUUGCGAGUCUCACGGCUUGCUGCCCAGCGUGCAACAGGCACAGGCAACACCGCAUCAGACACUUACAAAGAAUGUCAGCAAGUCCCAGACCCGCAUCUACAGAAAGGAGCUUGUGGCGAGUGGAUCCGAGGAUGCGCAGGCAGGUCACCAUGUCUUCGCAUGUUUUGCACGAGCCACGAGCACGAAUGCCCCAGAGCGGCAGCAGGUCUACAUAUGGCAUCGACACUACGGAUCACUUUUACAGGUGCUUCCAGGGCACACUGCAACAGUGAAUUCAGUCUGUUGGAUGCCGGGGAAUGCUGCCAGUGGUGAACCGGAGGAUUCGCCGAGCAGCUGGCUGGUCUCGGCAUCGGAUGACUGUACUCUGAGGGUCUGGGGCACUGAAGCUGCCGAGCUCAUGGACGAUGCUGAGUCGGUAGAGGCCGAGGCGGCAUCGGGAGAUGAGUUUCAGAGGCGCACAGAUCCCGAAGAUCAGAGAGCAGGCUUCGCAGCUUCCUUUCAUCUGGAAGCCCUGGAGGCCAGCGACGCCUCCAGCUGA